AUGACUCAGCAGACCCCCCUGACCGAGCUCCCCGAGUGGAAGGCCCUCGUCGAGUCGGCGGCCCAGCUGAAGAAGGCUCCCAUGAACCUGACCAGCGUCAUGACCCCCGAGCGGGUCCGGGAGUUCUCCCUAAGCCUGGACACUCCGGAGGGCCCGUUCCUGGUGGACUUCUCCAAGAACCUGGUCGAUGCCGAGGUCUGGCAGCAGCUGGGCCGCCUGGCCGAGGCCACCAAGGUGGCGACCACGGUCCGGCGGACCCUCGGCGGCGAGGCGGUCAACCGCACCGAGGGCCGGGCGGCUCUGCACACGGCCCUUCGCUGCCGGGACCCGGCGGCCGUGGUCUCGGCCGCCGGGGCCGGCGGCGCCGACGACGUCAUGCCCGGCAUCCGCCGGGUCCUGGCUCAGAUGCGCGACUUCACCGAGCGCGUGCGUUCGGGCGCCUGGCGCGGGCACUCCGACCAGACCAUGACCGACGUGGUGAACAUCGGCAUUGGCGGGUCGGACCUCGGGCCGGCCAUGGCGUGCCAGGCGCUGGCGCACUAUGGCCACUCGGGCGGCCUGCGCAUGCACUUCAUCAGCAAUGUCGACCCGACGCACCUGGCCGAGGUGCUGCGCCUGGUGAACCCGGCCACCACGCUCUUCAUCAUCGCCUCCAAGACCUUCACCACGCAGGAGACCCUGGCCAAUGCCCGGGCCGCCAAGGCUUGGUUCUUGGAGCACUCCGGCGCCGGGGAGGCCGCCGUGGCCAAGCACUUCGUGGCCCUGUCCACCAACCAGCGCGGGUGCCAGGAGUUCGGCAUCGACCCGGCCAACAUGUUCGAGUUCUGGGACUGGGUCGGCGGGCGCUUCAGCAUGUGGGGCGCGGUCGGCCUGUCGAUUGCCCUUUUUGUGGGGAUGGACCACUUUGAGCAGAUGCUGGACGGUGCCAACUUCAUGGAUCGGCACUUCCUUGAGACCAUCGAUCAGCCGAGCAAGUGCGUGCCGCUUGUGCUGGCCCUUCUCGGCGUGUGGUACAACAACUUCCUCGACGCCCAGACCCACGCAAUCCUCCCCUAUGACCAGUACCUUGCCCGUCUGCCGGCCUACCUGCAGCAGUGCGACAUGGAGUCCAAUGGCAAGUCCACCAACCUCGACGGCCAGAAGGUCGACUACUCCACCGGGUCCAUCAUCUGGGGCGAGCCUGGCACCAACGGCCAGCACGCCUUCUUCCAGCUCAUCCACCAGGGUACCAAGCUGAUCCCCUGCGACUUUUUGGCCCCGGCGCAGGGCAUCAACCCCCCCUUCGAGCAGCAUGAGCUCCUGCUGUCGAACUUCCUGGCCCAGACGGCGGCUCUGAUGAUGGGCAAGUCCGAGGCCCAGGUCCGCGCGGACAUGAAGAACCUCCCCGAGGCCGAGCGUGACGCCCUGACCCCGCACCGGAUCUUCGCCGGGUCGAAGCCCUCGACGUCGAUCGUCUAUCCCAAGCUGACUCCCUUCCAGUUUGGCAGCCUGGUGGCCAUGUACGAGCAUAAGGUCCUGGCGCAGGCGGCCAUCUGGAACAUCAACCCCUUCGAUCAGUGGGGCGUGGAGCUUGGCAAGAAGAUGGCCAAUGACCUGCUCCCCUGUGUGCAGGAUGCCGUCCGGGUCGCCGCCGCCACCGCCGCCGGGGACAUUUGCCCCGAGGCCAGCAAGAUCCUCCAGCAGUAUGACGCCAGCACGGCCGGCAUCCUGCGUCACAUUCGCGCGGUGCACUCCGGUGCCUCGGCCACCUCAAGCGCCGGGGCCGGGAAAAAGCGCCCCGCCUCGGCCGUGGUCGAUUCUGACGAGCCGCAGGCCAAGCGCACUGUCUCGCACUCGUAA